GGGAAACGUACUUUUUGAUAUGAAGCCCUCAGUUGUUCGAAUCCUAUGCGUUGCUGCUGUGGCUGUGGCUAGCGCAUUUGCUAUCUUUCUGUCCAUCUCAUACUUUGCGAUUCCUUUGUUUGUUUGGCUCUCUCCCUCGUUGAAUCCGACACUGUAUGAUUGGGGGUUGUACGGUGCUUGCCCGUUACAGACGUUUGUGUCCAGUGACCUAGUUGUGCCACGCGUAAGCACAGCAAGGUCGCACUCGGAUUGCGACAAUGGCUUCGUCUUCUUGACGGUCGGCGGCGACUCAGCCGGCCCGACAGGACCAACUAUCCUCAAUUCCGAUAAUGAACUCGUCUGGAAGUCGCAGGAUUACGCCGUGACGACGAAUCUGCAAGUACAGCGCUACAAAGGGCAGGAUUACUUGACAUUUUGGUCGGGGAAGAAACUGGGCACUAAAGGCGUAGGAGUAUAUUAUUUGCUAGAUGCUUCUUACAACGUGGCACACCAAGUCUCAGCUGUCGGCGACGACACGCAAGGCGACCUGCAUGAAUUCAAGAUAACCAAGGAGGAUACUGCUCUUCUCACCGUCUACACAACGACCAAAGCUGAUUUGUCGUCGCUGGGAAAGCGGUCAAAUGGCUGGAUCCUGGACAGUCGCUUCCAAGAAGUCGACAUUGCUACCGGCGAGCUUUUGUUCGAGUGGAGAGCGUCCGAGCAUUUCAAUGUCACCGAAUCGUACAUGACCAACCCGUUUGGCGGUUACAUACGCAGCAUUCCCUUCGAUUUCUUCCACAUCAACAGCAUCGACAAAGAUUCUCAAGGAAAUUACAUAAUUUCAUCACGACACACGCAUACAGUCACCUGCAUUAGCCCUGGUGGAGAGAUUCUGUGGAUACUAGGAGGCCAACGCAAUCAAUUCACCGACCUGUCAGGAGGAGAUGCACUAGAUUUCAAGUGGCAGCACGAUGCUAGAUGGGUAUCAGAGGAGGAGGGAAUUUUGAGUCUGUUCGAUAACAAGGAGGCCGGCCCUCUGCACGUCGAUGGGCCGUACAGUCGCGGUAUGAUGCUUCAACUCGACAUCGCGAACCGCACAGUAGAGCUUUUACACUCUUAUGUGUCUCUGCAGCAGACCCGGGCCCCAUCACAAGGCUCAAUGCAGGUAAUUCCAGACAGUGACCAUGUUUUCGUUGGUUGGGGGCAUUCUCCGGUGUUCAGCGAAUUUUUGUCCAAUGGUACAUUACUAUGCGAGCACCAUUUUGGGUCACCCUUGUACCAUCCAUGGAAUCGAGCGGUGUCGUACCGAGCCUUCAGGGGGCGGAAAUGGGUGGGCCGUCCGACAGAUCCUCCCUCGGCAGAAAUCGAGGAUCAAAUACUUUAUGUCAGCUGGAAUGGCGCCACAGAGGUAUCUGCUUGGAUGUUGCAAGGCGCAAAGAGUGCGGAUGAGGGAGAGAUUUUUACCGACCUCGACAUUGUCGACAAGGACAGUUUUGAGGAGGCUUUCGAUCUAGCAAAUCUGUCCGAGUACAGUCAGUUCCGGGUCGUUGCAUUGGACCGAAACGACCAAGUACUCGGUCAAUCUGAUGUGGUUACCCAUCAGCCUGAACGAGGUUGGUGGAGUUUUGUGCUGGCAGUCGUCGCAUGGGCGGUCAUAUUCAGGAUAGCAUGGUGCUCCUACAAAUGGCUUGCUCGACAAAAGGGGAGCGGCUUAGCAUGGAAGACCUUUGGCAGUAAACAAUGA